AUGGUACUUGCGGCAGACCGUAAACGUAGAAACUUUAUGGAACGACGUCGUUUAGAACGUAGAAUCGUAACUCAAAGAAGAUUACAGGGAAUAUUCGGUGGUAUUAGCUUUCUUUGCAUCCGGGGGCAUCGGUGCGUGGAAAGGGGCCGCGCUAUCAAUAACGCAAAAGCUGCAAAUUUCGAGUUAGCAGCAAAUGAGCGACACGUGAUUCCACAUAAUUCCGAGAGUUUAAUUGAAGUUGAGAAGUUGGAUCUGAAGAGUCCAAGACACCUGAUAUUACAACUAGAUCCAACGAUUAAAGUAUUAGAGAGAUUAAAAUACGAAGAACAGAGAAAGAUUUACAAUACAACAAUUGAGAGAAGUCAUUUAAAUCUUUAA